CGUCACACAUUUUGCUUUUCAACCAAUCCCAGCCAUUCACUCUAGCUCAUGCUGCAACGAAGAGCUCCGUUAGUGCUGCGACGCUGCCUGUCAACGGCAACUGGUCUGCGCCGCGCCAAAGGACUGAACCUCACUCCGUACGUGUCUCCUCUGCUGUUGCGAUUGCAUCCUGACACGGUACAGCGCCAAGCUCCCGCUUUGGCUCAGGAGAACGAAGAGGCACUCAAGCAGCUCAACAUCUUCCUCGAGUUGGCUGCGUCCGGCUGCAACAACGACGCAUUCAAUGCGCGCAAACAGGUUGUGGCUCUGAGCGAGAGCCGCCAAGCAGUUUCCGAGGAGCCGGUGCGGUUUCCACUGGUUUUUAAUGUCCCGGCGGACGAUUCCGAGACCCAGGAGCACGUGGACGAGUUCGUUCAAGUUAAGUACACUGUAGAAGUGCCGGGGCGUCUGGUGAAGCGCACACUGUCCAAUCUUGGACGGUCUGUUAGUGUCCGUAAUGACCCCGAGGCUGCACUGCAUGCCCCAUUUGCACGGGAAUGGCAGCGCACUACGAAACGAAUUCUGCAGGAUUUGUUCCAGAUUGCACAAGUGCCUCUUGUAGUGGAAGAAGGAGAAGAAACAAAGACGACAGCGUUGGCUGAGUGGCUGGCUGAAGAAGAAACUGUUGCAGAUCAAGCGGACAUGCACGGAAUUCGUGUUGGAGAGCAGAACCGAGCGAAGAAGCGAGAGCACGAACAGUUUGACAAGAUGUUCCACCAGAUGCUCACGCACGAAAAGAAUAUCGUACAGGAAACGACGACGGGGCUGGAAGAUGGACCGACUACGCAACAUGCUGUAUUGACUAGUUUACUGCACUCGAGACUCUUCCUGCCAAAGUUUCGAGAUCCGCAUAUGAAGAAGAGCGCGUUCCACUGGAUUGCGAACCUCUUGCUCGUCAACUUCAUGGAGCUGCGUCUGCACAGUCUCGUGUGGAAUAAAAUCACGCUACUGAUCACUGCCGACGCCGAGGUGGAAGAGCCUCAGGUGUCUUGGGAUGAAGAAGCUCCUGAACAGGGCAUGGGGAUCCUCAUUCCUGUUGGCAUGGACGUCGAUGUACUGAUCGACUUUAUUUACGAGAACGUUGAGGAUCUGGAAUUUGCACUGGAAGAGAAAAGUGCUCGGGCUGAAGCGGCAGCCAAAGAGCAGCAACGUCUUCGAAGAGAGAAGAAGAAACAGAAGAGGAAACAAAAGCGGCGAGGACACUUUUACCAAGAUGAGCUAAACGCUAUCUUCCGACGAUGAUAGGAUCAUCACAAACCUAGAAUCAAUACAAUUACUGUUCUAAAUUCUAGAAUAAGUGGGUCAUCGUUGUGUAGAGAUUUGAAGUUAAUAUAUGAGAUGCUAAAAGCUAAAAGCUAAA